AUGUAUUCAUCAAGCCUCUUAUACCCAAUCACCCUCGCCCUCGCGGUCUUCGCAACACUGAGCGCAAGUGCAGCGUUGAAACCCUUCGACGAUUGGGCUCAUCAGCGCGUCGCCCUCGCGAACGUAAGCAUCCACUUCCGCUACGCGGGCAGCGGACCUCCGAUCCUGCUCGCCCACGGCAACCCCCAGUUCAGCUUGACAUGGCGCACCAUCGGACCCCUGCUGGCGCAGAACUACACGGUGAUUGCCCUCGACAACCGCGGCGCAGGCGACUCCUCCAUACCCGCCGACGGCAACUACAGCGUGAUGGCCUCGGCCAUUGACGCCAAAUCGGUCCUCGACUUUCUCAACAUCACAUCCGCCUACGUGGUAGGACACGACUUUGGAUCCGGCAUCGCGACCGCACUAGCCACAAUGUAUCCAACCCUGGUGCGUCGAUUGGUUGUGACGGAGUUCGCGAUACCGGGGUUCGGUUUCGAAGAGGCCCGCAACCCAGGCCCGUACUGGGAUCUCUACGCCAACUGGCAGCUCGCGUUCUUUUCGAUCCCAGACGCCGCCACGUUCUUCAUCUCCGGGAGGGAGAAGCAGAUGCUAGAGUGGUUCUUCUUCCACGGCAGCUACUCCGGCCCGACGAGUUUCCCAGAAGACAUUGUGAAUCGAUACACGAGCUCGAUUUCCAAGCCCGGAUUUCUGAGGGCGAUGGUGGGCCCCUACGACAUACGGGCCAUCGCUGCAGCCGCCAGUUUCUUCCAGGGGACACUUGGCCGACAAGCACUGUCCGUGCCGACGCUGGCCAUGGGCGGAGAAGCGAGCCUGGGCCCGGCAGGUAAGUCCUUGUGGGCGAAUAUCACGACAGACUUGGAAGUGGAUGUUGUUCCGAAAGCAGGUCAUUGGAUCGCGGAUGAGAACCCAGCAUGGGUCGCGGCACGAGUGCAGAGCUUCUUCGAGCAGGACGAGAACCCGCCGCUGCCCACGAUCGACCUCUCUUAUCUUGACGACAAAGUGACGCUGACAGUCGGCUAUUUCGGGACAUUGGGCAAUGCUGCAAGGGCAGGCGGAGGGUGA